GUCAUAACUCAGAGGCAAAAUGGCUCAGAGAGGAAACCAAGUGUACCGAGAGAGAUUCUCCUGUUCUAUCUGUUUGGAUCUCCUGAAGUAUCCAGUGACAAUCCCCUGUGGACACAACUACUGCAGGAACUGUAUCCAAAGACACUGGGGUGGAGAGGAUGAGAGGGGAAACUACAGCUGCCCUCAGUGCAGACAGGUCUUUGCACAGAAGCCUGUCCUGAAGAAAAACACCAUGUUAGCAGAUUUAGUGGCGAGUCUGAAGAAGACUGGACUCCAAAAUGCUCCUGCAGACCACUGCUAUGCUGGACCUGAAGAUGUGGCCUGUGAUGUCUGCACUGGGAGGAAACGGAAAGCCAUCAAGUCUUGUCUGCAGUGUCUGGCCUCUUACUGUCAAAAUCACUCUCAGGCUCAUUUUGAGGCACCUCCAUUAAAGAAACACAAGCUGGUGGAGCCGUCCAAGAACCUCCAGGAGAACGUCUGCUCACUUCACAAUGAGGUGAUGAAGAUGUUCUGUCGUACUGAUCAGAAGUCUAUCUGUUAUCUCUGCCCUGUGGCUCAACAUAAAGGCCACGACACAGUCUCAGCUGCAGCAGAAAGAGCCGAGAGGCAGAAAGAUCUGGAGGUGAGUCAAAGAAACAUCCAGAAGAAAGUCCAAGAUAGAGAGAGUGAUGUGAAGCUGCUUCAAAAGGAGGUGGAGGUUAUCAAUCGCUCUGCUGAUAAAGCUGUGGAGAACAGUGAGAAGAUCUUCACUGAACUGAUCCGUCUCAUGGAGAAAAGACGCUCUGAUGUGAAGCAGCAGGUCAGAUCCCAGCAGGAAACUGAAGUGAGUCGAGUCAGAGAGCUUCAGGAGGAGAUGAAGCAGGAGAUCACUGAGCUGAAGAGGAAAGACACUGAUCUGCAGAAGUUCUCACUCAUAGAGGACCACAACCAGUUUCUACAAAACUACCACUCACUGUCAGCAAUCAGUACAUCUACACAUUCACCCAUCAAUGAAAUCAAAAAUCUGAGGUACUUUGAGGACGUGACAGCAGCUGUGAGAGAAGUCAGAGACAAAGUGCAAGAUGUUCUCAGAGAGAAAUGGAGAAACAUCUCAAAGACUGUGGCCGAUGUGGAUGUUUUACUGUCAGGACCAGAACCCAAGACCAGAGCUGAGUUCUUAAAAUAUUCAUGCAACAUCACACUGGAUCCAAACACUGCACAUGCACGUGUAUUUUUAUCUAAAGAGAACAGAAAAGCAACAACUACGUGGAAACAACAGGUUUACUCUCGUCACCCGGACAGAUUUACUGAUUUAUUUCAGGUUCUGAGUAAAGAGAGUCUGACUGGACGUUGUUACUGGGAGGUGGGGUGGAGAGGAAGAGGAGUUUGUGUGGCAGUUUCAUACAAAAGUAUCAACAGAUCAGGGAGCUCAGACACAUGUGUAUUUGGACACAAUGACAGAUCCUGGGGAUUAUAUUGUAACAAUGUUGGAUAUAACUUUUGGAACAACAACGUUUGUACACGUGUCUCAAGCCCUCAGUCCUACAAAGUGGGAGUGUACCUGGAUCACAGAGCAGGUAUUCUGUCUUUCUACAGUGUCUCUGAAACCAUGACUCUCCUCCACAGAGUCCAGACCACAUUCACUGAGCCUCUACAUGCUGGGCUCACAUUGUGGCAUUUAUUUUUUACUUUUGGAUCCGAGGCUGAGUUCAGUGAAUUGAAAUAGUCAGAACUGAUUUUAGCGACAGCAGGUUUGAUUCUGUUUUCGAUCUAAAUCUUACUCUGUCCUCAGGUUUGUUUCUGACAGCUGAUUGUUUUGGUAUUUUCUCUUUUCACACAGAUUAAAUAUCAUGAUCAGUACUUUGACAUCUGAAGAUCAAUUCUUAGGGUUUAGAGUCUUCUGUGUUUUCUGCAAUGGAGGCUACCGCUGCUUAUGAUGAUGUGUGUGGAUAUUUGAAUGUCCAGAAAUAUCAUAAUCAUAUGUCAUAAAAAAGCUUCGAACAUGUUACACUUUUUUUAUUCGUUUACAUUCUAUCCUUUUGAAGAACACUAAGGUACACUUCUGUUUGGGAAAUUUCUUGUUUUAUGAUAACAAUCAAUAAAGGAUCUUGAGUCAA